AUGACUUUUUGGGGACCAGGACUUUGUGAGAACCAGGACUUUGUCUUGGGAGGACCAGGACUUUGUGAGGAACAGGACUUUAAUCAGCUGGAAGUGCAUCAUCUGGCACUCAAGCUGUUUCAGCUGCAUCAUCUGGCACUCAAGCUGUUUCAGCUGCAUCAUCUAGCACUCAAGCUGCACCUCAAGCAAGCAGCAUCCGCCCCGCCACUCCGCAGACUACAAGACAAUUACUUCGGUCUCUUGGAUCCCAGAGUCCCAGGACGCCUGCCACGUUUAGAAGAUUGUUUGCUAGUCCUUCAGAACUGGGAGCUCAUUUUAUCGAAGAUCCACAUCGGCGGUCUGAUCUUUGUUUUCUUCACGCUGGUCGCUGCCAACGCUCAGUACAUCUUCACAGCUCAGAUGCAGUCAAAAAAUGGAGACCUACGGUGUACUCAGUACUACGGGGAGAACAAGAGCAUGCAGCACGCUGUCCGCUGGUUGGACGCCCUCUUCCUAGCCAUCCUGCCCGCCAUACUGCUCAUAGUGAUGAACACGCUCAUCAUCUUAGGGAUACGUAGGUCAGCUAGAGUCCAGCGCGAGCUAACGAACAAGGCCAACCAAGUGGCGGAGACCAUGCGACAACAACGACAGAUCACCAUCAUGCUCGUCAUCGUCUGCAUCGCCUUCGUCCUCCUCAUGACACCCAACGCCCUCUUCUACGCCGCCAACUACUACUGGCAGUACGAGGAGCAUACCAACUCGCACGCGCAGUACGUCUUCACGGAACAACUCAUCUUCUUCCUCAGCGACUCUACCCACGCCAUCAACUUCUAUCUGUACUUCUUCAGCACCAGACGGUUCCGAAAGCGUUGUCUGGAGACGGUCUUCUACUGCUGCCUGAAGCGGAGACGCACUCGGCGGUUUCGAGGCUCGACUAUAUCCGGCAUCUCCAAGACGUUCCGGCUCAGUGUCACUGAUGUCACUUCGGUGCCGGCAAGUGCCGUGCAGCUGAAUAAUUUCUCAUCGUCGUCUUCAUCGUCGUCGAAUCAUCUGCUGGUAGGGAACGGUGAGGGGCGUGUCAGCAAGUUCAGGGGCGGACAACGGGAGGGCAGUCUUUAA